AUGUUACGUAUUGAUAACCAAACCGUUCGAGGAAUCUUCGCAAUCGCCCGAGAUGUCCCGGCUGCGGCAUGCAAAUUGGGCCGAAUUUGCGUGAACGGUAAUCAGAUGACCGAUGUGAAUUACGUGGUGCAGAAUAACGAUGCUAUUGAACAUAUCGGGCAUCGUCACGAAAAUCCCAUCCUUGAUUGCCGCAUCAAAGUAAUUGAUAGCAACAGCGAUAUACUUGUUGUGGACAAACCCCCAAGUAUGCCUGUACAUCCGUGUGGCCGAUACAGUUUGCAUACUGUUAUGGGAAUGCUUCGAGAGCAACGCGGCCUUCAAGGGCUUCGAGGUAAAUUUUUUCACUUUUUUAUGCGUUUUUCGCAUUUAUGCUGUGCAAAAAGCAUAUUAUCACAGGGUUGUCUGUGUGCGUAUGUCUGUGUGUUCGUCUGUACCGAUUAUGUCUGUGUGUUCAUCUGUACCGUUCGUCUGUACCGCUACAAAGCUGAAACUUUGGGAAGUUAAUC